AUGGCCACCCUCAAACCCACCCCUUCCACCACCUUCCUCCUCACCACCUUCCUACCCGCCGAAACCUCCACUUACCCCUCCAUGACCCUCUCGAACGAGCCGCUUCUCACGGACGUGAACCCGCUGCAGACGGCCGCGCCGACGAGCGCGAUGCCGGAUCCUUUCAAUGAGACGUUUGCGCUGACGGAGGGGGCGAGCAUUAGUGGUGGAGGGGGGGAUGUGGUAGAGCAGGGAGGGGGGACGGGGGCGGCGGAGAAGAUGGAUGUGGCAUGGAGGGUGCCGGUGGUGGCAUGGAGGGUGCCGGUGGUGGCGAUGGUGAUGAUGGUGGUGAUGGGGGUGGUGUUUGCAGAGUUGUGA